CUUGUCUUUGAUCAUUUCGGGCAUUGUGAAGCCAUCGAGGCCCUGGCCACUCUCCCCAUACAGAUCUUGACAAUUAAUAAACCCGACUUUAUCAGCCUCAACAAUUCCUCGUUCGUGGUCCGUUGCUUUCUUCGAUUGAGAUCACUCCAUUUCCACCGCUACCACUGUAACACCUUACAUCAAUUACCUAUCACAAUGCAGCCUCCCCGUAUCGAGCACCUUACGGUCACAGCUCGGUCUGCAGGGACCCGAAAAUCAAACAUGCCCCUAUUGUCGCUGUUCCCUCCCCCGUUCGAUAACCACCACGGCAUUUGUGCGAACCAGACGGGUAUUAUCUGGAUUGGGAAGUUUCUUCCGCGUGUCAAGAAGACGUUCAGGAGUUUGGACAUUGCACCAGUGGAUAAUGGUGCUUCAACUCAGUGACAGCCAAUGCCCUGCGUACUGAGUGUCCCGCCACUCGACCUCGAAUCGAUCGAAGACUUGACCAUCGUCGUUGGCUUCAAAGUUGGGUA